UUGCUUUAGUUAACAUUGUAUCUCGCGUUGAAGACGUUGUGUUGUGGUGAAAAAAUUCGUGUGUGAUUUAAAAAUAAAAGAAAUCAAACUUUUUUAAAUUUUAACAGACAAAAAUAACAAAACAAAAAUAUAAACAAUAUGUUCAGUUCAUUCACAGCAUCUUUGAAGGGUCUCGGUGACAAAACCGUCAACUUAUUCAGCAAGAAGAAGGAUGAAGCUUCCCAAUUGGCUGAAGAAAAAGCAAAAACUGCAGCUAAACUAGCAGAAGAUCAAGCCAAAAAUGUAGGAACAAUGAUUUCUUCGGCUGCAUCUGAUGUUGGAAAUUUGGCAUCAUCAACAGCAAAACAAGCUGAAAAUACUGCUGCAAGUGGAGUCCAGACUGCAAAUGCUGCUGUUGAAAACACAGCCCAAACCAUUGGUCAUGCUGCUGAAAACACGAAGACAGCUGCCGCUAACAUUACUGAAGCUUCUACAAAGGCCGCAGCUACAGCUUUAGACCAGACCAAAAAAGCAGCCAAUGAAGCCAUCAACAAGAGUGUCAAGGCUGGUGAACAAGUUAUUGAUGUCGCUGAAAAGAAAAUCGAUGAGGCAACUAAGACAGCUAGCAAUACAGUUGAUCAAAAAUUGAAUGAAGCAAACCAAUAUUCUGACCAGAAACGUGGAGAACUCGAAAAGGCAAUGCAAGAAAAAGCAGCAAAACUAUCUGAAACUACUAACAACGCUACAGCCAAUUUAAUGGGCAAACUCCACUUGGGAAAUUAAAUCCAACCAAGCUGCGAUUUUAGAAUUAAUUUUUAUUUUUAAGAAUAUGCAAACGAGAAAAAAACAAUUUAAAAUUAUGUCCCUUGAAAAAAUAAAACGCUUAACUCACUGUCAAGAAGGUGUGAUAUGUCCUGAUAGAUGUGGAAUGAUAAAAUAUACGAAGUGCCAGUUGAAAACUUUUGAAAUGGGUUCACAGGAAUUUUUUAAGUGGGAAUUUAAAUUGCACACUAAAAAAAGAGUCUCUAAUCUUUAUAUGUAAACAAAAUAUACAAAAUGUUGAUUGUAGCUAGAAAAAUAUCGAAAUUUUAAUUAUAUAAACAUUUACAGCUUCAAAUAAUCUAUUUUUUUGUAAAGGAUAUUUUUUAACCAAAAACAUGACUUUUUACAAAAAGAAUUGUUUAAAUACAAAAAUUAAGUUUUUCAGUGCUUUAGGUUGAUUCCGAAAUCAGGUUUUAAACAUUGUCUUAAAUACAACAAAACCUUGAAGAAACUGUUUUCAAUAUGUAAGAUUCCCGCAUUAUUUUAGCUUACGCAGAUUGGAGCUGUUUGAGGUUUCAUAAUGUUCCAGCAGCUAAGCCAGGUUUAAAAACCUUCCACUGAAGAACUGUGUAUUUUAUCUUUUUGUAGACAAAUUGUAGUGAAAUAGUUUUUUAUAUAUUUUUACAUAUAUUUUUCUACUGGAAAUAUUUGCGCAAUCACACCACAACCACAAAACAAUGAAUUACUAUAUUUGCAUAAAACAAAACAAAAAUAUAAAAAUUAGUAGAAAUGCUAAGUGUUAGAGCAGGGAAUGACAUAAUUAUUUUAUAUCAAGUCAAUUAAAAGAAAUUACUUUGAAAGUAACGCUUUGAAUAAUUUGCACAAUAAUAAUUCUAUAUUUAAUUUUUUUGUUUUUUUUAUGAAUUUUCAUUUGUUUAUACUUUUAUUAUUUAAAUUUAAGUUGUAAAAUUUGUAUCAGUAAAAUACGUUUAUAAAAGAAAAAAAAUGUGGAGCCUUAGUUUUUAACUAAUGUGUAAAAUAAAAAUGAAAUAUAUUGUGAAA